GCUCCGAAAUCCCCGCCUGGCUGGCUAUAAAGCAGCCCCAGGGCAGCUCAGGGCAGGGGGUGAGGAUGCGGCUGCUGCCGGCAGCACUGGCCAUGGCCCUGCUCAUGGGCAACUUGGUGCCGGGUGGUGGUCUGUCGCUGGAGAGCCUCCUGACCAACAUGAGGUGCAAGUGCAUCAAAUGGACCGCCCAGGUCAUCAACCUGGGGCUGAUCCUCGCCAUUGAUGUCACGCCACCGGGUAUUCACUGCAGGAGGAAGGAGAUCAUUCUUACCCUGAAGAAAAACAAGAAGGUCUGUGUGGCCCCCGAGGCACCCUGGAUCCAGCUGCUCAUCUUCAAGCUGACACAGGGGAACGUCACCAAGAAGGCAGCAGCGGUGCGGCAGCGGCGGGAAGCGGAGCGGUGGCGCAGGCUCCCUCUCUCUGAAUUCAGUGACCAGUAACCAGCUGGGUUCUGUGGCACAGCUCCAGCACCUGCUCUGCUCCCGGGGUUUUGGUGAGGGGCAGGAGCCUUCCCCUGCUCCCUCCUCCAAAAGAAAGGCUUUCCCCUUGGGUGCCCACUGUCACCCUCCGUUUUGGGUGCUUGCACUUUUCCUGUGCGCGAUGGCAUGCCAUCAAUAAAUGGAUGAAUGUGCUUCCCC